UAAAAAUAAUAAAGUACGAGAUGGGUUGGAAUUGAGUUUGAACGGUCAAAGAAGAGGCUGUCUUUGCCUUUGACUGCCAUCGGGGGAAGAGAAGGGAAGAUUAAAUAAAGCGCUCCGUCCGUGAUCUGGUCUGGUCUGUGGGAGGAAAUAGCGCCAGGAGGAGGAGGAGGUCAGGAGGAGAUUGUUGGAGUGGAGUGAAUCUGGACUUUGGUUUCCAUUUGCCUCUUUUCUUUUGCUGGUUUGGUAAGCUUUCACUUGAUUCUGAAAAAGAAGUCUUUUAGAUACAUUGUGAUUAGAGUCAUCGGAUGCUUGUGGGUAAAUGGCUUCUAUGAACAUGGUUCCAUCUUCUGGUUUGGAAAAAUCAAAGGGCUCUAAUGUUGGUGUUGAUAGUCUCCCAGAGGAGAUGAAGGAUAUGAAAAUAAGGGAUGAUAAGGAAGCAGAAGUUACAGUAGUUGAUGGAAAUGGGACAGAAGCAGGUCAUAUAAUUGUCACUUCUAUCAAUGGGAAAAAUGGCAAUCCAAAGCAGAAAAUAAGUUACAUGGCAGAGCGUGUUGUGGGUCAUGGGUCAUUUGGAGUUGUUUUCCAAGCCAAAUGCUUGGAGACAGGUGAAACUGUAGCUAUAAAAAAGGUUCUCCAAGAUAAGAGGUACAAAAAUCGGGAGCUACAGACUAUGCGACUUCUUGAUCAUCCAAAUGUUAUCUCUUUGAAGCAUUGCUUCUUUUCAACAACUGAGAAGGAUGAGCUGUAUCUCAAUUUGGUACUUGAAUAUGUACCAGAGACACUUCAUAGGGUCAUUAAACACUACAACAAGAUGAAUCAACGUAUGCCACUAAUUUAUGUGAAGCUCUAUAUGUACCAGAUGUGUAGAGCACUGGCAUACAUUCAUGGUAGUAUUGGGGUGUGCCACAGAGAUAUUAAACCCCAAAAUCUUCUGGUCAAUCCCCAUACUCAUCAGCUGAAACUAUGUGACUUCGGUAGCGCAAAAGUCUUGGUGAAAGGGGAACCAAACAUAUCAUACAUCUGUUCUCGGUACUACAGAGCUCCAGAGCUUAUUUUUGGGGCAACUGAGUAUACUACAGCGAUUGACAUCUGGUCUGUUGGUUGUGUUCUUGCUGAACUACUGCUAGGACAGCCUAUAUUCCCUGGUGAAAGCGGAGUUGACCAGCUGGUUGAAAUAAUUAAGGUUUUAGGCACUCCAACAAGAGAAGAAAUUAGAUGCAUGAAUCCUAAUUACACAGAAUAUAGAUUCCCGCAGAUAAAGGCACACCCUUGGCACAAGAUCUUCCAUAAACGAAUGCCUCCUGAAGCUGUCGAUCUUGUAUCUAGACUUCUACAAUACUCGCCAAACCUGAGAUGCACUGCUUUAGAAGCACUAGUUCAUCCAUUCUUUGAUGAGCUCCGGGAACCAAAUGCUCGCUUGCUAAAUGGCCGUUUUCUCCCUCCCCUCUUUAAUUUCAAGCCUCAUGAAUUAAAGGACGUACCAUUAGAGGUAGCAGCCAAGUUGAUACCAGAACAUGCUAGGAAACAAAGUGCAUUCGCUGGCUUAUUAUAAGUUGUUUGACAUACCAGUUUAAAGCCGCAUCCACUUGUUUAGAUCUAAGAUGGACUACUCCACCGAGGUUGGUGAGUUGGCUAGCAUCUGAAUUAAGGGUUCGUCAGAGUUAUUUGACACGAGGAUCGGAGACGGCCAUUGAUGACUUAACUAAUUCUAUGGAAUGAAAAGUGUGCCAUGAUGAAUUUAUAAUUUCUAAUUGAUGAAGUGUCAUUUGUGCGACGGGACUGCAUGCAACUGGAGUUUGGACUACGUUGUACUCUGUUUUUUAAUUUGUUGUGUUAGAUUUUGUAGUUUAAAAGAUGUAAUCUUGCGUCCUGUAUGAUUAUACUCGAGUUGUUUCAAUCCAAAUUCUUUAAUUGUUAGGUGUUAGAACUUAUCAA